GCCAGCCUUGUGCAGCGAAUGAGCAGCUAUGGGCUUCCAGCAGGAGGAUUUCAGCCUCAUCCCCCGUCCAAAGGCUUCAAGAAGAGGCUCUGGCUGCUCUCAUCCUUCUGGAGAAAAUGGUGUUCAAGCACUUCCCUUUAGGCACACAGCUGUGCACCUGCUGCAGUGACAGUCUCUGCAUUUCCAUUUCACUUGCUGUUCCCUUUUUCCUGGAAGACUGUUUGAACAGCUCCUGCAGAUCCUGUUUGCUAUGUGCCUGGGCAAUCACUUGCUUUCUAGAGCUAAGUUGGCUUUGUGUUUCUGGUUUUUCACUUGCUGAAAUGAGGUUUACAAUGUUAAAAACAGAGUUAAGUUUCUUUCAUGCAGCUCUCCCUGAAUUCAGGUAUUUUUGUGUCAGGUGGGUGGUAAGCUGCAGGCAGAAUUCCUAUCAGUUAGAUGUCUGCGUGUGUUUAGCAGAAAGAAAAUACAGAAGUUGUGCUAAGUAACAGCAACAAAGAGCUAAAUUUGGUUUACCCUAUACAAAACAAACAAAACCUGAAGCCAGACAAGUUGUUUUGGGAAGGGACAGAAUUGCCUGCAGGCUGCCAGCCCAGCAGUCCUGCAGCAGCACGUUAAGCUGGAGUUCUGUUCUCUGAGAGGACAGGUUCCCUCCCUAGGUUAUUCUAGGGAUUUUCAAAAGUGGGAGGCAGUACUUCCUAAAUUGUGUCACUGGAAACAGACCUCAGAGGAGAGGGAGGUUUCUGGAUGUGAAAUGCAUCCAUGGGCUCCCUCCCACUCCCAUUUAGAUAUAAUUACACUAUGAAAAGGAACACUGAGAUCAGAUUUAUGCCAAAUGGCAGUGACUUUUAAAUUUGCCUUUUUUUGGUAUCAGUUAAUCUCCUACCAAACAGAAGCCUUGAAAGCACUGCAGGAGGCAGUAAAGACUAUUGAACCAUUUAUUGCAAUUACUCUGAACUGAGCAAUCCCUCUGGGCUCGUGCAGGAGUUCCAGUGGAGGUAAAAGCAGGGUAUAUUAUGUGGGCAAUUAUGUGUUACUAGAAAUAACCCAUGAAGCUUCAUAUUUCUGGUUUAUUUGUUUCUUGCUUAGAUCAUAUACCAGCAUGUAGAAAAUUCUUGAUUUGGUGAGCCUCUCUCAGAAAUUUUAGAUGCUUGAUGCCUGGCCUGUUUUGUACAGAGAAUGCUGGGUGUGGUUUUCUAAAUGCCUUGCUCUGGACUUUAAACAGUGCUAUAAAAAGACAAGGAUCAAUCUUGGAGGCAGUGUCUGUGUUUUGAAAUGUUUUUACACAGCUAAUCUUAAUUGCUGAAGCUUGAGUGUGGAAGGAGUACAAAGUAUAAGAGAGAGAGCAUGGAAAUCACACAGCUCCUGUAAGCUAAGUCUUUACCACUUCAAACUUUUGAUUGAUAUUUUCAUUUAAACUGUGGCAGAUUGUUUUUGAGGAGGAUAGCGAGCAUGCAUGGGUCAUAGCUCAAGAUGAUAAUUGUCUUCAGAAGCAUGCUGGCUGCUCUGUUGUGGAAAAGGUCUGAAGGCAUGGCCUCUUGUUUGAAGGAGAAGUGCAUAAACUGUCUGCGUUCAGCAGGAGCAGCGCUCCAGGAUAUUUGCAGAGUAAUUAGGCAGUGUGGGUUCACACCACUGUGGCUGCAGGUCUUGAGUUCUCAGAAGCCACUUCAAUGCUCUCCCCUCUCAGGAUGUCAUUUUGCCUUUUUAACGUCUGCAGUGCUUUAAUAGUAUGGGGCAAACAGCUAAAAACUGCACUUGAUUUUAAUCUUGCCUUUGUCAAAGACUGCUAAUGGACAGUUUCAAUUAUUGGGUGCCAUACUGGCACUGAGCAAAGGUAGGGUUUUUUUUAAUUCACAGAUAAAAAUGAGUUCAUAUUUUGAAAUAUGAGCCCAGCAAAUGUUGGCAUGACUGCACAGCUGUGGUUAGCAAGGUCCUUGUUAGAGGCCAGAAGGUCUGUGAGCUCUCCAGUGUGGUGCAUAACAAAAGUUGUUCCUGCUUUCAGGAUUACUUAAGGACUGGAAGCUCAAACUUGUACCUUUUCUUCAAAGUAGAUACUAACUGGCAGUGAUUGCCAUUCCUGCAAAUUUUGGUUGGGAAAUAGCUUGAGAAAUCACUGUAGUGGGGAUUUACCUGACUUGCCUGUGUCAACAUGCUUUUUAUAGCAGGUUGGUAAUUGGUAUAGUGUUCGUUUAUCAGAACCAUGGCUCCCUAGCCUAAGGUGACCCAAGCAAACCACAAAAUCAGGAUCAAAAGCUACAUAGCUUUUUGGAAUGGUUUCUGGGUCUUCAGGAGCAGGGUGUAGGAGGGAUGGUUCUCCUUUAUGAGUGUUCUUACUUCUGGUGUUUCUCUUGGAUCAGGGUCCAAGAAGCGGCAGUGCAAAGUGCUCUUCGACUACGUCCCGCAGAAUGAGGAUGAGCUGGAGCUCAAGCUGGGGGAUGUGAUUGACAUCGUUGAUGAGGUAGAAGAAGGAUGGUGGAGUGGAAUACUGAAUGGCAAGGCAGGGAUGUUUCCUUCAAACUUUGUGAAAGAAUUGGAAUCAACGGAUGAUGGAGAAGCACAGGAUGCUCUGGAUGACACAGAGCCUGUUUUCAAUAGUCCUACCUCACCUGUGACCUCUCCAGGAAAUGGGAGUGAACCUGCUUUGGGACCAGCACAGCCAAAGAAAAUCCGAGGUGUUGGGUUUGGAGAUAUCUUUAAGGAAGGCUCAGUGAAACUUAAAACAAGAUUAUCCAGUAAUGAAUCAGAAGAUAAAAAGCAAGAUAAGCCAUUACCUAACCAUCCUCCUGGAACAAAGUUAAUUCAUUUUCCCAGUACAAUAAAAACUGAAAACACACCUGAAGUAAUAAAACCAGAAACUGAAAGUAAACCAAAAGCCAAGGAAUAUUGCAGGACAAUAUUUUCCUAUGAUGGCUCAAAUGAUGAACUUAGCUUUAAAGAAGGCGAGAUCAUUCAAAUAAUCAGUAAGGACACUGGAGAGCCAGGCUGGUGGAGAGGAGAGCUCAAUGGCAAAGAAGGAGUCUUCCCAGAUAACUUUGCUAUUCAAAUACAAGAGUCUGAUAAAGACUUCCCUAAGCCAAAGAAACCUCCACCUCCAGUUAAAAGUCCUGCUUCAAGACCUGAAUUGCCAGCUGGAGAGAAGAAAUUCCUUUCUUUGAGGGCAGAAGAAAAAGAUGAAAAAGGAGCUUUGGAUCAGAAGCCUUUGAAGCCACAAGCUCCUCAAGUACCACCCAAGAAGCCGAUUCCUCCAAGCAAGACCAACAGCCUACUGAGAGCAGGGCUCCUGCACCCAAAACGUCCAGACAAACCUGGUUUGCCAUCAUCUGCAUCCAAAACUAAUGGAGAAGUUGUUACUCUUCGACCGAAAUCUGAAGUUGAGCCAGUAGCAAAACCAAAGUUAGACUCUGAACCAUUGCCACUCAGACCAAAAUCAGUAGAGGUAGAUUCACUUGUGGUAAAGAGCUCUAAAGAAUCAGAUCUGUUAAGCUUUGAUGAUGUCAUAGCUACCUCAGAUAAUCUGUCACACCCGACUGCGAACCGGCCCAAGAUGCCUGGUAGGAGGCUGCCUUCCCGUUUCAAUAGCAGUAGUCCUGCAAGUUACAAUGUGGGUCCAGAAAAAAUUUUGAAGGUGCAGAAAGAAGAAGAAAGUGCCAAACCAAAGCCAGUUGAAACAAAGAAGCCAUCUGCAUUCAGCCCACUGAUUCCACCUUCAUCUCAGAGACCAAGCUCUGUCAUACUCGACUUUUUACCUGGAGACCUCCAACUGAAAGGAGAAACACAUGAGGAAAAAACUUCUGUGGAAGAGCUCAGGACUCAGAUUAAUGAAUUAAUGGGUUUAGUAGAUGCCCUGAAGAAAGAGCAUGGGAGAGAACUGGAAAAACUAAAGAAGGAUUUGGAAGAAGAGAAGCUGUUGCGAAGCAAUCUGGAGCUUGAAAUAGAAAAAUUGAAGAAAGCAGUGAUGUCUACAUGAGACAGCUAUGGACUCAAUGUUUUUAACUCGCCAGGAAUUCAAAGCUGAACACAAGGAGAACUGACUCUUAUUUCAUUAUAAUGGAUGCUCUGGUGUUCUACAGUCUUAAAGAAAAAAUAUAAUAAAAAAAAAGGAAUAUAGUCUUAUAUUCAGAGAGAUAAGAAAACAAAAAAGAAUAAUGGUGUAAUUUUUUUGCCAAUAUAAAAGAGGCCUUAUUUCUUACUGUGCUGGAAUUGCAGACCUUAUUUUUUUGGUUUGCUUGAAAAUACUACUGAAUCUGUAUAGAGAGGAGAGGGAAUUCUUAAUAGAUUUUUAUUGAAUACCUGUAGCUUAAUUUUUAAAGAGAUCUAUACUAUAAAUAGGGUGAUCUGUCUUUGCAACUAAUCUGUAAAAUAGUCUGUUGGAAGGGAUGGAAUGACUGUGUUGUAAUUGUAGUCACUGCUUUUGCCCUACAUGCAAAAGGGAAUAUAUAAUAUUUGUAUAAUUUUGGCAGUCUUACCCAGGGUUAUGCUGUUGUGCCUGUCUGCAGUGAGAAUACUCAACCUUUGAACAGCAUAGUAUGAAUAAUGAGAUAGGAAUUUGUUAGUGCAAUGAAGCAAGUGAAACUCCUAUGCAUUGUAGAAAGAUUGAAUGAUCUAAUUCCAGUAGCUCAGCAGAACGGUUUGUCACUUGCACUAUUGGAUUAAAAAGGGAUUUAGGACUUAAUUGUGAAAUCAUGACAAAAUUAACUGUUAAACCACAAAAUGCAAGGAAUACAGAAACAGCGAGAGUCCAGCUUCAACUCAACCUGUUGUGCCUAAAAUAUUACAGUGUAGAGCAUGAAAGAGUAAACCUUAAGUCACAGCAUCUAUACUUCUGUGUUUCUGAAGUCAUCAGUCUUUCUAGUGGUUCAAGUAUGCAUCUUGAUUUGUUUUUACAGUAGUCAGGUUUUGUUUAUAAUAUAUCUCCAAAUAAAUCCCUUUGGAACUUUGAUACUCUCAAAAGCUCUCAAUAUUUAUAUAUUUAUGCCAUAAACUUUCUCAGUAUAUUGCGUACCUCUAAACUUAGUAACAUCUUUGUAUUUUAAUAAGUGAUUGGAACAAUUGCUUUGAUAUCAUUGUGCUGGUGUCCAAGAUGGUGUCUUUACUUCAUGGAAUAGAGGUUGAGAUUUUGUGGAUUACCAUUAUCUUUAACCCCUGGGCUCAAAACUUGCACCAGAAUAAUACACAAAUAUGCAAAGUGAUUGGAGACAAUGGUAUUUAUUGCCGUGUUUGUCUGAUUAAAGAAUUAAAAAUAUACAGCUUUAGAAAGCCAGUCAAAUUCAUUAGUUCUGUUAAUCAGCUCAUCUCCUUUAGGUCUGCUAUAAUUUAAAAGACAAAAACAUGCCUCAUAGUUUGGCAGCUUCAGCAAUAAAAGAAAGUAAUUCAGCUUCUCUUCAUGGGAGUAGUCAUAAAUAUAGUAAUUAUUCAGUAUGUCACUGUUCAAGUGACAUGGAAGUGUUACUUCUUGAGAGUAAUCCCACACUAUGGGAUUCUUCCACAGUCGUAAAAUCCAAAUAUCAAAAGGUUAAUUGGGGAAUGUUUGUCCAUUACUGAUUCAAAUAGUUAAUGAAAUCUCAUUGAAACCUGAUCAAUACACUAUGCAGGUAUGGAGUAAUAUUUGCUAGUCAAAUUGGUAGUAAGCUGAUUCACUCUCAAUGCUUUUAACCUUGAAUUGCUCAAGUGCAUCACAAAUGAGUUGUGAGGAAUCAUGUGCUGUCAUCAGACACUAAACUCUUGCCUGGAAUUCAUGCCUGUAGAGCAGGUGAUGGAAAACAAGAAUUGAGCCUAAUGGAGGACCCAGUUUUGUUAUACAAGCUCUUCACUGUGAUUGGAGCAUGAAACAAAUUGGAAGGGGUUGCUCUGCAGAAAUUGUGCCUGUGUGUGAGCUUGCAGAGGAUGAACAGAACAAGACAAUCAGCUAAAGCCACAAAUGAGAGGUGUUUGUUAUAUAAUGGCCUUUGUUUGCUAUAGCAAUAAAUGACCCAAGUGCAAUGACUUGAUUUAAUAAACCUUCCUUUAAAAGUCGCUGCUAUGAGUAUUUGUAGCCAUAAGGAAGUUGCCCUGAUGUGUGUCUGUCUUGUCUUCAGCUAGUGUUACAUACUGGAGUGGAGGGGGAGAGGGUAAUGGUUUUGAGACAUUCCACAGUACAAGUUCCUAAGAGCAGUGCGCUUCACUGACUUGUCUACUGGUGCUGUAAAAUGAUGCAUGCUAUCCAACUCAGCAAAUAAAAUGAGUAUAAAAACCUCA